GCCGCUCCCUUAUCAUGAGCAACUUCGAUUGCACGAACGCGUUUGCCUCUACCGAUCGUGAGCUGCUUAGAGAGCACGCGUGGCAGACGGCAGCGGAGCACGACGUACCUUAUGCACUUGGCGCAGUCGAACACACAGCACUGACCUUGCAGGCCUCAGACAUGAGCAUUGACAUGAUGAGCCAGCAGGGGGCCCAGAUGGGCUUCACUCUAGCUCCACGAGACUUUAACGACGUCUACAACCCAGUGGUCUCGGAGUGGCUGGACGGUGAGCGCGAACAAGAGGGCCAGUGCAUUAAUGAUACAUUGCAUCCUAUAAGUAUGAAGAUGCUAGACCUUUCGAUUAGCACGUUUAUGGAUGACAUCACGAAGAUUACCAUGUUGCCUAUAGGUGCCUUACCCGAGGAGAUCGCAGAACAGAUGAACCAGGAUCACGAAGCAGUUAUCGCAGCAGUAUUCGGCACCUCGAAGAGUGACGCAGAAAUGGGAGCAGCCAGACUAGCACCAGGUAAGCGUAUUUGGGCCAAGAGUACACCGUGGGCAAAGCAGUUCGUCUCAGACAUGAAUGACCUUGCGAGCACGGAUCCUGACAUGCAUGCAUGGUGGCACGCGCGCGCGAACGACAUUAGCGUGUUCGACCCCAGCACAGAGGAAUACAGCAUGUGGAUCAGGACAGACCCGAGCAUCAUGAAUAGCGCAGCAAGAGAAUGGGCAAAGAGCAGACCAGAGGAGCCAGAGGAAGACAUGAGGGAGCCAGAGGAAGUUGAGAAACCCUUUUGGUGCGACUUCAGGGGACUGAACGAGGAGACGGGCGAGGAG